GUUGGCUUAGGCUGUGGUGUAGGAUGGAUGGAGAGCUUGAAAGGAAUCCCUCCUUCAUCCACAUCUCUCUCUCUCUCUCUCUCUCUCUAACUCACACGUAUCCUCUCUCUCUCUCUCCCCCCCCCUUUCUAUCUCUCACCAGCACCAGAAUACAUUUUUUUAAAUCUUUUCCGAUUAUGUGAAACUGAUAUUGGUUUAUAUUGUUUGCUUUUUCUCUGGAUUUCUUGGUGUUUAAUUUGCAAUCAGCAAGCUAAUUAGGUGGUUGUUGAAGACUUUAUAUAAGGAGAAUUAAUGGCCACAAGAUUAGAGCGUUGAUGUGAAGGAACAGAAAAUCACCAAGAAGUGUACUUAGAUAUAUUCAUCGGAAAGAAAAGAAAAUAAAGGGAUUUAUAGACAUAUAUGUACACUGAUGAGAAGCUAAAAUUAAUGCGCUUUUGGAACUGCUUAUUCCAACUUAUUAUUAGGGUUUGCAGCACUCAGAUUUCAUCAGGCCAGUACAAAAUGACCAUAUAUAGAUGAGAUCUGAUAGCUCAUAAAUGAAUAUUCUGACUAGUUUUUUGUGGCACCAACCACAGAAGAAGUAUAUGUAUGGCUAGCUAAAACUAGUGAUAUAAACAUAUAUAUGUGUGUGUGUGUGCGCGUGCGCGUGUGUAUACAUUCCUCUGAUUUGUAACACCACAAGAUAGAGAGAAUAUAUAUAAAAAAUGAUGAAGGGUUUGAUAGUGGAUGACAACAUGUCGAAUUUGACUUUUGCAUCUGGCGAAGUAAGUGCUUCUUCAAGUACAAGAAAUGAAUCCGCUGCCAACUUGUACCCUCAACAGUCCUCUGCUUCAACAAAUCAACCACCACCACCAAAGAAGAAACGAAGCCUCCCAGGAAACCCAGACCCAGAUGCUGAAGUGGUGGCCUUGUCUCCAAAAACACUACUCACAACGAAUAGGUUCAUAUGCGAGAUCUGCAACAAGGGGUUUCAGCGAGACCAGAACCUUCAGCUCCACAGAAGAGGGCAUAAUCUGCCAUGGAAGCUAAAGCAAAGGACAAACAAGGAAGUGGUGAGGAAGAAGGUUUAUGUUUGCCCAGAGCCGACAUGCGUACACCAUGACCCCUCAAGGGCUCUUGGGGAUCUCACCGGCAUUAAGAAGCACUUCUUCAGAAAGCACGGCGAGAAGAAGUGGAAGUGUGAGAAGUGCUCAAAGCGCUAUGCUGUUCAAUCGGAUUGGAAAGCCCAUUCCAAGAUCUGUGGCACAAGAGAGUACAGAUGCGACUGUGGAACCCUUUUCUCAAGGAGGGACAGCUUCAUCACCCACAGAGCCUUUUGUGAUGCUUUAGCGCAGGAGACUAGUACUAACACUGCCAGAGCCAUGAUGAGUACAACUGCGUUAAACAACAACAAUAACACACUUCUCCUCUCGGCCGCCUCCUCGUCACAAGCAUUACUACUACCUCCACAUCUCGACAACAUGACACAGUUUGGAGCCCUAAAUUCACUAAUCAAAAGAGAAGCAGUACAAGAAGCUGUAGUAAACGUUCCGCCGUGGUUGUCGCCGCCGCCGCCGCUAUUCUCCACGGCCACGCCCAUUAAUAACAACGUCCUCGACAACUCUUUCACACAACAACAGUUAGUAAUGAGCCAAAAACCUAACCCUAGCCCAGCCCCACCGGCUCCUUCGGCUUUCGCUUCGGCCACUGCGCUGCUUCAGAGGGCGGCCCAAAUGGGUGCAACAAUGAGCAGCAACAGCAACAACCGUUCUUCUUCAUUUUUCAAAGCUCACCAGAUGAUGUCGCCUGAGAGUAGCAGUACCAGUAUCAUGGGCCCAAACGCCGCCGUUUUGGCUCACCAUCAGAUGUUGAUGGAGGCGGGGAGUAGUACUACUAGUACUACUCAUGAACAUCAUGAUUUCGAAGCGGCUCAUCUCGUCCAUGACAUGAUGAGUUCUCUGCAGACGUCUGCGCCUCCUGCGAAUCAUAUGAUCAUGGCCGGUACGCCGACGUUUGGAGAUCAAGCGGCGGCGGCUGGUGCUGGGAACUUUCUGGAAGUUCCGUCAAGCAGUAGUACCGGCCGUACAGUUACUGGCCGUACAGUUACUGGUGCUGGUGGGAACUCGGAAGCACAGUUAAUGAGGAGUGGUGCUAGUAGUACUAGUGUGGUCGGAUCAGGGAAUAAUAAUGUUAAUGAUGGUUUGACAAGAGAUUUCUUGGGGCUUAGGACAUUCCCAACGCAUAGAGAUCAGUUUUUCAAUAUAGUUGGACUUGAUCAGCACAUGAAUUCCAGUACGGCCUUUGGAGAUCAUCAGAAACAUCAUCCUGAUCACCAAACACCUUGGCAAGGUUAGCUAGUUUCGUUUCUCAUUCAUGUAAGAGCUAGUACGCUGUAAUUCGGCUGAGGAGUACGUACUUAAUUGCCGUAAUAUUAAUUAAUCUUGCUAUAAUACAAUGAUCUCUUUCUUAAUUAUUUUGUAUUCUGUUCCAAGAUAGCCAUAUUUUUCAGUCGCUCUUGUAGUAUAUAUCAGAUGAAUUUUCAGGUGCCCAAUGUCUUA